AAUGGAAUGAUUUAGUUUGAUCCAGAAUUUUAGUCAAUGAUAGGAUGAAACUGAAGUGUACUUCCCUUGCUCACAUAGGGUAUUCAUUAAUGUAUUAUGGUUUGAAUAUUUUUCCUCUCCAAAAUUUAUGUUGGAAUUUAAUCCCCAAAGUUGUUGUAUUGGGAGAUGGGGCCUUUAAGAGGUGAUUGAGUGAUGAGGCAGGUUGAGUCAUGAGAGUUAUUAUGGGAGUGGGUCUGGUAGCUUUUUAAGAAGAGGAAGAAGAGAUCUGAAUAGCAUGCCCAGCCCCUUGCCAUGUGAUGUCCUCAUCCACCUCAUGAGGAUUCAAAGUACCCACACCAAGAAGGCUCUCAACAGCUGCACACACACACACACACACACACACACACACACACAAAUGAAAAUAACCACACCUAGGAACAUUAUAAUUCACUUGCUCCAAAUGAGUGAUAAAGAAAGAAAUUACAAGCAGAUGAAGAAAGCAGGUGAAUUACGAACUAAAGAUCAAAGGUCAGAAUGACAGAGCAGAUUUUCUGUAAGGAAAAGUGAGGUAUAGCUGAAGUGUUAAUAGUGAGCAAUGGAUUUAUUUUACCUUAAGUCCAGAUUGUUAGAUUGUUUUUGGCAUAUUUCUGUGAAACACGCUUUUUAAUUCAAAGUGAGAGAUGCAGUUUCAUUUGUUUCUAAAGCUUCCACUAGAGACCUUUGUCCUACUUGUCACGGAACCAGCUGUGGCUCUUGCAAUCUACUGCAGCCUAAUGCCCACAUAAUAUGCCUUUUGUACUUAGAAAUCCAUGUACCCAGAAUGUUAAAGGCCAAUUUUACUUUGUAACAAAUUGCAGUGUGUUAAGAGCAACAUUAGUGACUCAGAUUCUGAUUUUGUCCUCUAUAUUUCUCCAGAAAGGCUGUCAAUCUAUUAUAUAUUUGUAAAAUCUGGUAUUAAAAUGCUUUCACCAGAAGAUGUUCUGCGGAAAGAUCUGAAGUUGGUUCAUGGUUGUCCCAUGCCUUGUGCUUUUGUGAGCAACUGGGAAAGGAUUGAACAGUUUCGUAGCAGGCCAGAUGACAUUGUGAUAGCCUCUUAUCCUAAAUCAGGUAAUACUUGGGUUAGUGAAAUUGUAGACAUGAUUCUUAAUGAUGGCGAUAUUGAAAAAUGUAAGCGAGACGUUAUUAACAAAAAAGUUCCAAUGUUGGAAAUGUCUCUCUCUGGAGUAAGAACAUCAGGUGUAGAAGAAUUACAGAAGAAUCCAUCACCCCGGAUUGUGAAAACACAUCUACCGACUGAUCUUCUUCCUAAGUCUUUCUGGGAGAACAACUGCAAGAUUAUUUAUGUGGCUCGUAAUGCCAAGGACGUUUCAGUCUCAUAUUACCAUUUCGACUUAAUGAACAAUUUACAACCUUUUCCUGGUACCUGGGAAGAAUAUCUGGAGAAAUUCAUAACUGGAAAGGUGAGCUACGGUUCCUGGUUUGCUCAUGUUAAAAACUGGUGGAAGAUAAAGGAAGAACACCCAAUACUUUUCUUGUACUAUGAAGAUAUGAAAGAGAAUCCAAAGGAGGAAAUUAAGAAGAUAAUGAGAUUUCUAGAGAAGAACCUGAAUGAUGAGAUCUUGGAUAGGAUAAUCCAUCACACCUCAUUUGAAGUGAUGAAGGACAAUCCUUUGGUGAAUUAUACACAUCUACCAACUAUGGUGAUGGAUCAUAGCAAAUCCCCUUUUAUGCGUAAAGGGAUCACUGGUGACUGGAAGAAUUACUUCACAGUGGCCCAGAAUGAGAAAUUUGAUGCCAUUUAUAAGACAGAAAUGUCUGAAACUGCACUUCAAUUCCGCACAGAGAUUUCAAGUGCCUAAAUCAUAAAUCUGAAGAAAGAAGAGAUUGUCUAUAGUUGAUUGAAAUGAGGGCAGUUAAUAACUGAUAUGGGCAAUCAAAUGAAUUUAUAAAGGAGAAUAAUAUGCUUUUAAAAAAUUGAUAUUUUGCAGUGUUAUUAAUCACAUCCCAAUUUUGUCCCUUUGAUUCUGAGGUUCCAAAUUCUCUAAGGCUAAAGUUGAUUAUUAUCUUUUUGUAACAAAGGAGAAAUGUAACAAGCUCUUCCUGUCUUUUCCUACAUUAGAACUGAUAAGGAAGAAGGGAUUUAUUUUACUUAAUCUCUCAUACGUUAGGAUUUAGAAUUAAGUUCUCCUCCCUAGUACCAUGAUCCAAGAAAUGCUGUUUUCAUAAUGACACUAUAUUUUCUAACCCUGCCCCAAUUUCCCUUUGAUGAAAAUUUGACCCAGGACACUGUGUUCCACUGCUGUCUACUGAGUUUCAAGUUGUUCUCUGAGUCAUAGUUCAUCUUGCAGUGCCUGUAUUUGGAUCAUGUCCCAGAACAUGUAGUUCAGAUUUUGGAAGUAUUUUUUCUAUAUCAUACCCAAUGUCAAAGUCUCCCCAGGGCAAACACCUACAAUAGUCUCUGUAGAGUUCUUCCCUGGGAACUGCAGCUCUGUUCUGAGAGCUGGUCCUGAGGGCUGUGACCUGCUUCCUAUAGGGAUUCCUCAUUUUCCCAGACCCGUUUGAUCUUCAGAGAAUCACCUACUGCUUUGUUCUGGUCACAAUUUGAGAACUUUAGUUACUUAAUCUUAUCUUUAAAUAUAUUUGGGUACUUUAAUAGCACCUUCAAUACCCUAGACAUGAUCAUAGCCUUUGCUGAAAAUUUCCCAAUCUGGUGCCCAGUGAAGACUCUCUUGGCUGAGUCUCCACUCUGCUCUCCUGAUCCAAUGUUCCUUAUUAUUACAUGUUUAUAUCUAUUUGUUUGAUGUAUGUUUUCUUGGAACAUUUAUUUAUCAACCCCAGUUUUCCAUUAGAAGUUGUUGUUUAUAUCUUCAUGUGCAGCAAAGUCUUUUUCCUGAGGUCAGAUCACCUGUGCCAAGAAAUAUGGCAAGUCAUGGUUCUCAAACUGAAGCUAGAAUACCCUGGGCCCUUACUUGUUCUGAAAGGGGUGGGGGUGGUGGUUUCUGACACAUUGUUAGGCUUUCUGAGCCACAACUGAGGUAGCUAUGGUUUAUGAUAUUUUAACUUCACAGGUGAAUCUCUGCUGUCAGCCAGGAAUAUCUAAAAUAGCUCCUUAAGCUGUAACUUUUCUCUUUUCUAACCCCUGUAAAGGAUUAGUCUAAUGUUAACUAUAAACCCCCUAGAAGUAGUACACCUAUUAUUCUGCAGAAAGUUGCUUCUAUAGAUUUAUUAUAAUAUGGUUAUAAAGUAUUUUAGAGUAUGUAAUUUGUGUUUAUGUUCCACAGAAACAUAUUUCAUAGGAGUUAGUAUUGAAUAUCUGGAGGUAUUAUGAACUAGUUUCAGCUUUAUCCAAUACUCUUGUCCACAAGAAGUAAACUAAAAUAAAUCAUGUAACUAUUUGCUCUAUUAUAUUUGUUAAUUAAUAAAUUAAUGUGGCCUGAAUAUA